AUGCCAGUGGGAUUUAUUGUAGGAAGACUUGGCAAUGACGAAACAUUCAAAUUUGAAUUGCUCAAAGAAAAUGACAAUUUUGAAAUUGACGAGGAAAAUGGAAUAAUUAGGAUAAAAAAUGAAGUACAGAUAUCUGAAACAUAUCUGGAUAUUAGGAUUACAAAUCGAGAUUACAACGAAAUAUCCAAAUCAGUCACUGUACUCAUUAUCGUCGUUCAAGCACACAACAGUGAACAGUUCUGUUUGCGAAAUCAUAUUGAUUUAACGGUGCUUGAAAAUUUGCCAUCCGGAACAUUUGUUGGCAUUCUAACGACAGGACAUAACAAUCUUACUCGCUAUACACUUCAAGGACAUCCGGAAGCUGUAUCGAUAGACAGUGAUAAUGGAAUUAUCACUACUACUGCACCAUUUGAUUUUGAAAAAGAAAAUCUUUAUCAGUUCAAGGCGAUCGCACAUGGAAUAGCAGGUAUAUCAAUGGAAUGUUAUACUUUCCUGCAUAUUGUCGAUAAGAAUGAUAACGCACCUAAAUUUGCCUCUAAUAGCUAUGAAGUCGAAGUUUAUGAAGAUGCUCCGAUCGGUCAAUUUAUUCUUCAACUUGAUGUUGAUGAUUUGGACACUGUAAACGAAUUCGUUUACGAAAUUUCUGUAAUUGGUAAUGAGCAAAAUUGGUUCGGAAUUAAACCUGAUGGACGAAUUUUCCUCACAGCACCUCUUGAUCGAGAACACAUAGCAGUUCAUCAGCUACACGUUACUGUUCAUGAUCAAAGACCGCCGGAAAGAGCAUUCAAGGCAACAACUACAGUAAAAGUAAUAGUUUUGGACGUAAACGAUAAUGCGCCGCGGUUCGUUUCACCAUCUGUGUUUUUCAUUUUCGGCGGAACAACAUCGGGUACCAUCGUCGGCUUGAUUCAUGCUGUCGAUCCUGACCUGGCUCAUAAUGGACAAUUGCAAUACCGCAUUUUACCAUGGUCAAAUCCAGAAGGCCUAUUUAUGAUAAAUCCGGUCGUUGGAUAUUUACUGGUGCGCGAACAAAUUGAUGUUGAAGAACGAAAAGAUUAUCAUUUGUUAGUUGAGGCAAAGGAUUACGGUAUUUCAAGGAGAUUAUCGACGAUUGUUUCAAUAACUGUGACAGUAUUAGCUCGUAAUAAGGAAUCACUGAGACCGAGAAAUUUUUACCAUGCAAAGAUUCCGGGAAAUGUUCCUGUUGGCCAUAUUGUAUCUCAGAUUAUUACUAACACUACGAGAAAUGUUUUGUUUGAAAUUGAAUCCGGAAAUGAAGAUAAUCAUUUUCGAAUAUCUCCUAUAAAUGGAAUAAUUACGACAAACGAACGCUUAAAUGCCGCGAAGAAAUCAAUUUACAACUUAACUGUUUCAAUGCGAUCAGGCGAUAACACUAAGAAGCAAAACAGCAUCAUUUUAAUUGAAAUUUUGAAUAUCGAUGUUAAAACUAUUCGAUUUCCCGGUCAUGUUGACAGAAUAUUAUAUGUUGGUGAAAAUAUGCAAGGAUCAUAUCCGAUUACUAUAGGAACACUGAGAUCUACCAGUGCAGAUUCAGGAUGGAAUGAAUCACUAUCUUACUCACUAAUUCAGGGUAACAACACGCUGUUUCGGAUAGUACCACAAACAAGCAAACUACAAAUCACAGAACCGUUGAAUUACGAAAUACAGGACCGGUAUGAAUUGGUUGUGCAAGCAGAUGAUCUUACUGUUCCGAGACGCUUCAGGACAACAAGUACUGUAACUGUGGUAGUAUUAAAUGUGAAUGAUAAUGCACCAGUCUUCGAACAACCUCAGUAUUAUAUUGAAGUGAUGGAAAAUGUGCCUGUUAAAGAGAAUUUAGCAUUGAUAUGUCUGAAAGCAACAGAUGAAGAUGACCGAGAAUUCUCGAUGAUAAGGUACAAACUUUACAAUGAAGAUUUGCUACCAUUCUUCAUUAAUUCAACAACAGGAUGUAUUGAAAGAUUGGAAGUGCUGGAUCGUGAAUCUCAGUCGCAGUGGAUUUUAGAAGUAAUAGCUCAUGACAGUGGUAAAUUUGUGGAACAUUCAAGUACUGCAGUAGUGCGAAUUCGAGUGCUGGAUCAGAAUGAUAAUGUACCUAUCAUCCUGAAUGAACAACUUGAUGUCUUCGUUCCAAAUAAUGUUAAAGAAGAUGAUGUACUGUACGUACUGUCAGCAUACGAUCCGGAUGAAAAUGAUAUGCUGCACUACAAUCUAACUGGCACAGAUGUGUCAUACUUUCAAAUUAAUGGGAGUGGUGUUAUCACUGCUACGCGACAGCUUCUCAAACGCGAUUAUUCAGUUAUUGCAGUUGUUUCUGAUCAUGGCAACCUAAAUUCAUCCGUUGGAUUGGCAUUUUACGUGACCGAUGCUAUCAGAUUUCCUAUUUUUGAGAAACACUCACAGCGAGAAUUUCUGGUAACAGAGCAUGAACCAGACAUGCUGGUAACAAAAUUUAUCGCCCAUUCGGCUAAUGUAUCUAAUCGAGGGAUAUUAUAUUCGAUUUUCAGCGGUGAUCCGCACCACCAUUUUUAUUUAAAUCCUAAUUCUGGAGAAUUAUAUACAACGUAUGCCUUUAGAAGUCGAGUAGAUUUUGAAUAUCGAAAGCGGUACGAAUUAUGGAUUGCUGCAAUCGAUCAGCAUACUCAACCAAUGAUUUCCUAUACAAGCUGUAUUGUGAAUGUUGUUGACAUCAAUGACAAUAAGCCUUUCUUCGAAAAGGCUUUCUACUCUGCUUCAGUGGCAGAAAAUGGUAAUAGCGAUGAAUUGGUAGUAAAAAUUACCGCCAGAGAUUCUGAUUCUGGAAUAAAUGGGAAAAUUUCGUAUAGUUUGAUAGCAGAUGAUUCAGAUGGAUGGAAAUAUUUUAAAAUUAAUGAGGAGUCGGGAGAAAUUUUUACUAUUUCUGGUUUGGAUGCCGAACAUUUGAAGGAAUAUCGUUUGCAUAUUAUUGCAAAGGACCAUGGCAAUCCACAGUUGUCAGAGAUUGUGGUUGUGAAGGUGACAAGUUAUGAUGCUGAUGUGAACAGUACUCUUAUCUAUGGUUUAGAAGGCAACGAUACUGAUAGCUUCUUGAUUGAUCAACAAACUGGUUGGAUUAGUUUGGCAAAAGAAGUUGAUCGAGAAAAAAGAAAGGAAUAUUCGAUAAAAGUGAAAGCGUGGGAUAGUUUAUGGGAAGUACGAACAUCGCUAACAAUUACAAUACAAGACGUUAACGAUAAUGCUCCCACGUUCAGCCAUUCAUUUUAUAAAUUUUUGGUUACAGCCAAUUCGAAAAUUUUUACUGAAAUUGGACAAAUUUUUGCAUUUGAUGCGGAUGAAGGAUUAAAUGGACAAGUUGGCUAUGAUUUGCGAUGUAGCAAUGAUUUGUUUAUGGUUGAACCAUCCAGUGGGCGUAUUUUUUCAAUAAUUGACUUGGAGCAGUAUGUGAAUAAUACCGUGGAAUGUAAAGGCUUUGCCAGAGAUCAAGGAUUUCCACCAAUGAUCAGUGAUGUCCCUGUUUAUAUUCACAUCACCGAUUCUGCUGAAAGCAACGAAACAAAGCAGUCUUACUACGAGUUUGCACUUCUUCCUGAUGUUGACUCCGGCACAGCAAUUGGUCAUUUGCUGUUGCAUGGUGCAAUAGCCGUAGUGAAUGAUAGCCGUUUCACGAUUGAUAAGAAUGGUAAUCUGUUCACAAAUGCUACGUUUUCGGAUGCUAUAUUGGGAGAUAAAAUUAUCUUCUCAGUUGCAACAAAUAAUGAAAAUGAUCCCAUGAAGAUUACCGUUUUAAUUCAAUUUACUGAGCCAAAUAUUUACCCUCCACAAUUUUCAUUAAGAAGGUAUAAAUUUUCGGUUCGAGAAAAUUGUCGUCUGCAUACAUCAGUUGGAACGGUUAUAGCGAAAGAUUCUGAUGUUGGUCUUAAUGGUCAUGUGACUUAUCAUAUCAUUCAUGGUACAGACCGUUUACCAUUUACAGUUGAAUCAGCAACAGGAAUCAUACUAACAGCGGGACAAGUGGACUUCGAAGAAAUCAGUAGCUAUCAUUUUUUAAUAGCAGCAACAGAUUCCGGUUUCUCCGCACUCAACGAUACCGCAGAAGUUAUUAUUGAAGUACUCGAUGAGAACGAUAAUGUGCCCGAGUUUGAAAAUCGUUAUUUACAAUAUACGAUAUCGACAAAUUCACCGAUAGGUACCACAAUUGCUCACCUUUCUGCUGUUGACGUGGAUUCAGAGCCAAACGCUCGUAUCGUUUACCAUCUGCUUUCGGAUUCUGCUGGAGAAUUACCUUUUGCUAUAAAUGCUACAUUUGGCACAUUAUACGUAUCCGCUGAAUUUCAUUAUGAAACAGCUAAUAAAUAUUUAUUUCGCGUGCUGGCCAGUAAUCCUGAAAUGGUAAAUUCGGAAUAUUCAGGAGUGACUCCAGGGAAUUCACGAAAUCGGACAUAUUCUGAUGUCGUGCAAGUUGAAAUUUUCGUGAAGCCAGAUGGCAAAUCUGAGCUAUAUUUUCCAGAAACUGAACGGAAUUUUGAGAUCAGCGCAUCUGCUCUUAAAGGUACCAUAAUUGGCAGAGUGGAAGCAGUUUGUCUGAGUGGAAAUUAUUGCAAUGAAAUUUUAUAUCGUAUAGCUUCAAAUGAUCUGGUGGGCAUAAACCAUCGCACAGGGGAAUUAUAUGUGAAGGAAACUUGGAACGGAACUACUGGGACUGUGAUGGUGCUGAUUGCUGCAACUGAUCAACUUUCGCGGAAAGCAGAUUUUAAACCAAAUAUUUUUAAAGUGUAUAUCGAGCGGAUAAAUGUGGAAGCACUUCCAAUAUUACAAUCCCAUUAUAAAUUUUCAUUAUCCGAAGAUGCUGAUAGCUCAAAAAGUUUCAUUAUUUUGGAGAGUCUUCCACGGAAAUGUCGUCUUGAUUUUGUUGAAGAAGGAAUUGGAUAUGAUACUGAACAGCCUUUCUGCUUCGAUGGUUCCGGUAAGCUCUAUUUGUGUGGUCCGGUGGACUAUAAACAAAAAAUUGAUUAUCACUUGCAAAUUGCUCUUGUUGAGAACAAUAUCAUACGUUCCCGAGCGUUGAUUACGAUAACAGUAAAUAAUAUGAAUGGUAAGGGACUAUCACUGGAUCCUAAGGCUUCCGUUGGUUAUAUCUUGGAAAAUUCACCAAUACAUACAACGAUAAUGAAACUACACAUAAUGGCUAACGACAUUUCGGGAAAACAAGCAUCGUUUAAGUAUCAAAUUGCUGAUAGUGACCUGUCUGAGAUAUUUGCCAUCAAUGAUACCACAGGCAUACUGUCCAGCUGUGAGAUUUUGGAUCGUGAAAAGCGUUCGCUGUAUAUUGUACCAAUAACGGUUAGCGAUUUGGAUAUUCAUCAACGUCAUGCAACUAUUCAUUUACGGAUUUACGUUGAUGAUCAAGAUGAUAAUGAACCAGAACCAGGACCACGUACGAUACAUUUAGGAUAUUUGAACGAAAUUCCGAACAUGAUAAUCUUCCAUACAUUUCCAAUUGAUGCUGAUCAAAUUAGCGUGCAUAAUUGUCGACUAUCCAGCGCUUCGCAAUCAUAUAAUAUAUCAACUAAUUGCAUGCUAGAACUGUCAAGAAGUUUACUCGAAGAAGAUGACUUUUUGGAUGCUCCAUUAUUGGUAGAAGCCUCCCAUCGUCGUCAUUCAAAUAUAACAUUUCCAAUAAAUUUACGAGUGCGGCGAGAUACUUCUUCAGCAUUGUUAAUCGACGAUUUUGGUGUGAUCAUGGAGUUGUGGGGUACUGAAGGAAGCAUAGCUGAUAGUAUUUCUGCCUUCAGAGAGGCAUUCCCGGAUAUGGUUCUUCAAUUUCUGGGUCUGCAACAUUUAGAACUUGAUUUUUUUCGUGUUUUUGUCACAGUUUUGGACCAGCACUUGGUACCAACAAAUAAAGAUAGUGCGUUGAAAUUGUUGGAACAAUUUUUCGCUGAAAAAUUAAUUUCUAAAAAUGUGAAUGUGAAACAGCUUGCAACGGAUAUGUGUAGUCUCACUUCUCAACAAUGUAUGUAUGGUACUAAAUGUUCCCAAAAUAUCACAAAGAAUGGAGAACUAUUGGAAUUGAUUGGAUAUAGGACAAGUUUUAUUGUUCCACUUGUUAUUAGCCGUGUAAAUUGCUUGUGUGAGAAUGAUGUGCCAUGUAUUGAUGAUGAGAACCAAGCUUGCGACGAAAAUGAAAAGUGCCAAAAUGGUGGUACCUGCCAACCGCAUAUGGGAACAUGUCUGUGUCCUGUAGGUUAUAGUGGCAAAUUCUGCGAGAAUGAUAUCGAUGAAUGUGAGAAAAAAAAUAUUUGUGGGAAUGGAAAAUGUUUAAAUGUAUUUGGUUCAUUUGUUUGUGCAUGUGGUGAUAAUGAUGCAAAGAAUUCGGUACACUGUAAUAAUUCCGAUAGCAGCAUUUGUGAUAAUUGUCACAGAGGAACAUGUAUUGAACAGAAUAAUGGACAGCAUUUGUGCGAAUGUGCUGAUGGUUACAGUGGGCGUUAUUGUCAGCUAAAAAUUCGAUGUUUUGACGGCUUCUCAUCAUCACUGCAAUUCCCAUUUUAUCAACAAAUUUCUAUGUUAACACAAGGAUUUAGGAUUUUGAAUCCGUCUGGCGUAUUGCUGAGCUCAUUUCCAAUUAACGGAUCCAACAGGCCUCAUUUCAUACUGGCAUUGCAAAAUGGCCAAGUACAUCUGAGUGUGAAUUCAUAUCGCAACAAGAAAAAUGAAUUAUUGAUGCAAGAGAAAGUGAAUGAUGGGAAAUGGAAAAUGAUUCGUUUCCGAUACAAUAAGCAUCGACGUGUAAAGUUGACAAUUGAGCACUGUGACGACAAUGGUUUCUGUGAGCCAUGCAAAAGCACUAAUUGUAUUGCUACAGCGAAUAAUUUUGAUAUUUCGGCGAUUGCUGGAAGACAAGUUGUAUAUAUUGGAGGAAUGAAAAAUUCUAUUACUUCCGAUAUCAUUACUAAAGAGAGCGGUAUUGUCAAUUUUGAAGGUUGCAUGCGUCAAAUCAUAAUUAACGAGCAUGAAAUUGACAAAGUUCCUGGCUUCUUGGAACAAAAUCUGAUUGAUAAAGAUAACUGGAAAACAUGCGCAGAUGAUAGUGAUGUCGAUGAUAUAUGUUCGGGUGGCGUUUGCGUCAUUGAUGAGAAUGAUAGGAAAUGCAUUUGUACAGAUGGUUUCGAUGCGUUAAAUUGUCGUAAGGCAAUGGAGCCGUGGCAUGUUAAAAACGGUGGAAUCGUUUUCCAAUUAUCCAUGUAUAUGAUGGAGAAAAUUAAGCUUUCAAAGCACAACACUUCUACGCAAAUACCAUCACAAAAGCUUACACACAAUGUCAUUGAUGAUGAGAUGGGACAGUUGCGUGAGAUUCCGUGUGAGGAAUCAGAAAUAGAGGACGACGACAUGUUGGAUGAUAUUCCCGCACAGUGGAUGGAACUUGACUUCAAGACUGCCCUCAGAAAUACCGUCAUAUUUGCUAUAACUGAAGAGACGAGAUCUAGCAAAAUUGAGCUCAUUAACGGAUCAGCGCACAUGAUAACGAAGAUGAAAGGCGCUCAACCAAUGGAAGUAUACAUUGCAAGUGAUCUUGAUGAUACUGAAUGGCAUCGUCUCAGCAUGCAGAUAAGCGAAGAUCAGAAACUUUUUAGGGUGGAGAUCGAUGGACAUGGCAAAGAAAUUCGAUCUGAAGAACAGCUACCAACUCUGAUUUCGAAUUCUUUGCUAUCUUUGUCCUUAGGUCACGAUACAAUGGAUCAUGCAACUUCUUUUAGCGGUUGUUUUAGGCGAUUUCUUGUAAACAAUCAAGCACAAAAUUUUGAUGUAUUAGAAGGAAAUCUAUUAUCACAACAGAUUUUCAAAAGUGUUGGACAGAAAGGCGCUCGCAAAGGUUGCGACCAAUUCUUGAUGAAGCGAGCAUCAAUUUCAUUGGAAUGGAAAGUAUUCUGGGCAUUGAUUGGCAUUAUUUGCAUUUUGUUUUGCAUCGCGAUAUUUGCUGUUGUUUUGUGGAUUGUACGGAGGCGUCUUUUUACUGACGAUGUUGUGGAAAAACGACGGAAAUGCUGGAAGCCAAAACUUUCGCGAUUGCUUUCGGUGAUAAGAUCGGAUCCAAAGGCAACACAUAUCGAUGAUAACAGUGGUAUGAGUGGUAUGAUAAUACAACGAGCUAUGUAUUGUGGACCAAACGUUUUGCAGAAUAACGAGAGUGAGGUUUACCUCAAUGAUUCAUACGACUCGUUCCAAUCACGAAAUGCAUGGAAUGAUGAUGUGCAUGAUUUGAAUGCUAGUACGUUGCAUAAUAUCAGUUCUAGGGACAGCAUCACCUAUCAAAAUCUAAAACCGUUGUUAAAUCCCGAUAAAUGUAAUCCUGUGGAAACUAUAGCAUCCGAUUCAUCGAAUACCAAGCAGUUAAAAAUGGUUUUACGUGAAAGUCAUGUACUCAUAUUCAAUCCGACAGAGCGACAAUAUUCAUCUUCGGAAUGUAGCAUGCGGGAAUCAGAUCGACCUAGGCAGCGAUGUUCACGCAAAUCUCAGGCGAUGAAAGAGAACAACCAGGAGGAAUAUCGGCCACAGUCUGAUAAUGCUGAAGGUGAGACAGAUUUAGCAGCAGUAUCUGAGAGAAAUCAUAAUAUAGUACCAUUUCAUCCAUUUUGCACUAUAGCCGAAGAUACAUCAGCUGACGGGCCACCGAAAAAUAUGGACAAACUUGCUCAAUUUCGAAUUUUCUGUAGAGGGAGAAAAUUUGUUUGA